AUGUAUGGAGGAAUAGCAACUGAUGGUGGUGGAGAUAUUUCUACUAACAGUAUCUACUUGUUCCAAUUAUCAAAUUGUACAAUAAACUGGGAGUGUCUUAACCAAGGAUCAGUACCUAAUGAUGGACUGUGGCCUAAAGGAAGAGACUUUCAUGACAGUACUAUUAUCAAUGGUGUCUCUACCUCACCUACACUAGUAAUGAUUGGUGGAGUGGAUAGUUGGAAUCAACCGUUGAAUGAAUGUUUAUUAUUAGACACAAGCCAGUACAAUUGGAUGAAGAUUCCUCUACCUGAAUCUGUUAAUGGUAGAUAUGCUCAUACUGUAUCAUCUUUUGUUGUUGAUCCUAAUCAUGUGUUCCUAAUAAUAGUGGGAGGUUGUACAGAAGCUGAACUCAAACAUGUAGGAGGAGGAGUAAUAAAUAGGUUUAAUAAACCUGUCACUGAUCCUAAUAUCACAAUGGUAGUGGAACUAGUUUUUAAUGAUGGUCAAUGGUCAGUGGGUCCAGUAUUAGAUUCAUUUAAUAUUCCUUUAUUGUAUGAACUAAUACUAAAAGAAAGAAGAAAGGAAUCAUACAUGAUAGAUAAAGUGAAGGAGCUUCAAGUUAUCAAUGAGUCUUUACAUCAUGAUCUACAAGUGUCUAGAACUAACAACCAAUCACUUCAGGAAGCACUACUAGCACUGGAAUCAGAUAAUAUUAAGAAGCUAAAAACUGAUGAAUCAGUGGAGGAGAAACAAAUAAUGACUGAUGAAGAUAUUGAGAAACUUAGAGCUACAGUUGAAGCAUUUAUAGCUGAAAUAGAAGAGAAGAAACAAGUAGAAGAUCUUAAAACUAAAGUUGCUGAUAAUGAGAGGUAUACUGCCAAACUAAUGAAGGAAAAGGAGCAACUACAGGAGAGAGUCACAUCCUUAGAGGAACAAUCCAUCAAAAAGACUACCAGUACCAAAGAAGUGCAAUUUGAUUACAUGAUCCCUUCAAUGGGAGGACAGUUCAAGUUUCCUCGUAAUACUGUCCUAGUGAGUGCUGUGUAUGCAGUAUCACUCUCAAAGCCUCUCCUCAAACGACUCAAGUUAGAGAUACAGCACUGCAUUGAUUUAAGAGGACGACCAGAUCUUGCACAAUACUUAAAGUUUGCUAUAGCUCCCAUGAGCACAUCUAGUCUUCCUUACCAAUUCUCAAUAGUUGAGGGAGGAGAGUUUAGCUCUAAUAGUGGGUAUGGAUCCAUUCACCGUAAUAAGUUCUGUUUGGUUUGUAUACUGGGGGAAGAAUGGACUAACGGAGACACAGAAGAAAGAGAGGAGGAGGAACAGCAACCACAACAAGAGGAGAAUGAGGAGGAGGAGGGAGACAAAGAGGGAGGAGAGGGUAGUGACAGUGAUGAUGAUGAUACCAGCAGUACUCCACCAGGGGCUAGUGGAGCAUGUAAAGAGUCUACUAAAGAGACUAACCUCCCAACUAAUACAGUGUCUGUUGCUGGUCCUGCUACUACACCAAACACUGAUCAUGUUAACAAGGCACAGUCCACUGGUGUAAAAAGGGCUGUAACAUAUGCUGGUCUGGUUUAUUAUGAGGAGAAACGUGUAGAGGAUCUAGUGACAUUUACUGCAGCUAAGAAUUUGGAAGCACUUAUUCAAUAUAUUGAACGGAAACACUCUCAAGCUGAGAUUGGACCAGAUAUUUCCUUUAGUUUCAAGUUUCCUUAUGAUUAUGUUGAAUUAAACUUUGAUGCACCUCAAAAGAAACCAUUCACUGGAUGGACACUUACUCCUCACACUGAUCCUUGCAGAUUGUAUCAAGAGGCCAUUGAUAAAUUUGGUGAUAAAGAGCAUUCUCGUCCUUCAUGUUGUCUCAUAUCAGUUUACGGAUCACCUGAUGCUGUCCCUUUUCUUAAUUACUUCAUACCACUGGAAGGUGUGGCUCAUCCAGUUUCAUUAAACAUUCAUAGAGUACGAAGAAAUUUCACUGUUCCUGUUCAUCCUUCAACAAAUUCUACUACCUCCUCCUAUAAUGUAGUACAUGAAUCAACUACAUUAUCCACUGGAGGAGCUAAUGCUCCUAGCAGUAGUGGCAGUGAUGGAACUAUUCCAGUACCAACUAAAAGAAGAGAAGGAGGCUUUGAUAUUAAAACAGCUAAACAAAAGAUCAAACAAGUUAUGAUUGAGAAUCACUCUGAUUUUGCUGGACUCCUCCAGUUUUCUCUGGUCCAUGUUGCUAACAAACUAUUUGAGGUUCAUAUGAUUCCUCCUGAAGUUCAACAGUCACCAACUUAUGAUGCCAUAUCUACCUGUUUUCUAUCUAUGAUGAAUCUAUUGGACUCUAAGUCUGACCUAGAGAAGCAUUGUGUGAAGUAUCUAGAGGCUCUGUCUAGUGUUGGGGGACCAAUAGAAUUUGCUGCUAAUCUCUUGAGGAAAAAAUGGACAACAGCUCUAGAGGGAGCACUUGAGUUUGAACAGUCUGUGAAAAGAGUUAGAACUAAUGAUGAAUGAUGCUGCACUUAAAUGAUUUUAAUUUUUAGCUAAUGUUAUUUUCUAUUUUAAAAUGUUGUAUUUAUGUAAUGUUCCACUGUUCUGGUUCUUUCCU